UUUAUAAGUCUUAGUCCUUUAAUCUCCGAAGCCGGGCUGUACACCGCGUCGGAUCAGAUUAUUAUUUUAUCACCGGAGAAUGUGGACUCCGGGCUUUUUAACUCCACCGCGGCUCUUCUCGUGGAGUUUUACGCGACCUGGUGCGGACACUGUGUUGCCUUCUCACCCACCUGGAAAAGCCUCGCCAGAGAUAUUAAAGUUCUUCCCUGCUUAUUCAAGCAAUGAGUCCAGGGGCCUGGAGCUCAGAGGAUUUCCGAGGGAUGUGAGAGGCCUUCGGCACUACAUUAUCGAUAAGUUGGAGAUGCACAACGAGGCUUGGCCGCCUGCUUGUCCACCUUUAGAGACUGCUAGUGAGGCAGAGAUAGACAACUUCUUUCAGACGAACAAUGUGAAGCUCCUCGCUCUUGUGUUUGAGAGUAAAGACUCCUACGUGGGGAGAGAGGUGACAUUGGAUUUGUUGCAGUAUGAAAACAUAGCUGUGCGCAGGGUUUUAGACACAGAGACGAGUUUGGUGUCCAGGUUUGGUGUGACCGAUUUUCCUUCAUGUUACCUGUACAACUCAUCCAGACAUAUCUCUAGACUCAAAGUACUCAAUGAAGCUCGUACCUUUUACUCAUACGCCCUCCAGAGGUUGCCAGGGGUAGUGCGGACUGGCAAACCCCAGAUUGCCAUCACUGAUCUUAUCAAGAACUCAACUCUACAGGAAUGGAGGUCGUUUAACAAGACGCGUGUGUAUAUGUCUGAUUUGGAAUCAGCGCUGCAUUACUCUCUGCGUGUAGAGCUGUCUGGACACAUCAGCAUCAGUGGAAACGAUCUGACUGCACUCAAAAAGUACAUAAAUGUACUGGCUAAGUAUUUCCCAGGUCGUCCAUCUGUAAAGAGUGCACUGAAGACCGUGGACAGCUGGUUACAACAACAGAAGGGGACAGAGAUCAAAUACAGCGAUUUUAGAGAUGUCCUGGACAACACUGUGCAGACAAGUGAUGCAGUGUUGCCUGAGGGUGUACAGUGGGUGGGCUGCCAGGGAUCUGAAUCCCAUUACCGUGGAUACCCCUGCGCCUUUUGGACCCUCUUCCAUGUGCUCACAGUGCAGGCUAAAGAAAUGGGCAUCCCAGAUCCUCAGGAAGUGUUGCAGGCGAUGAGAGGUUAUGUCAGCCGUUUUUUCGGAUGCAGGCCAUGUGCAACUCACUUUGAGAGUAUGGCCCAGGAGAGCAUGGAUCAUGUGACCUCACUGUCUGCCACUGUCCUCUGGCUGUGGUCUCGCCACAACCGGGUCAACAACCGUCUGGCAGGAGACCUUAGCGAGGACCCCUAUUUCCCUAAGAUUCAGUGGCCAUCUCCGGAGUUGUGUCCUAGCUGUCAUGGAUUAAAAAAGACUGGUGAGCACCACUGGAACCAAGAGGAGGUGCUGACCUUCCUCCGAAACUACUUUUCCUCAGCUCACAUUCUAAUGGACUACCUGCAGGAUGAGACCCAAGCUCUCAUCCAUCAGAGGAACCGACUCACGGCAGCUCGGAUGGAGAAAGAAGCCAGACGUGGGGUGGAAAGGAGACCUCGAGAGGUUCUGGACAACCGCCCUGAUGAAGAGCCUCAAGAAGAAGAAGAGCAGCAGGAGGAGGAGGAAGGGGAAGAACCAGCAAUGGAGGAGCAGACUGGUGAGCCAUACCCUGCGGGGUUAGAGAGAAUGGGGGUGGCUGGAGCGGACAAGGCCAAUUACCAGGCACCUUGGGAGAAGCCACAGCGGCCGCAGUCCCAACGCAAACCAAAAACUGUGGGAAUGAAACUACAGGAGCCCCAAGAAAACAUAGUAGACCUGGACUUAUUUGUCAACCAACACUAUAAAGCCAAAGCCCUCCGAGCUGCGGCCAUGUCUGGCGUAGUGAGACAGAGGAGUCUGAAGAAGGAGGAGGAUGUGGAAGACCUCCAGUUUGAGGGAGGCUGGAGGGUGAAGCGAGACCUGGGAAGCCAGGAGGAGAACCUUGGUUAUAGAGGUAGAGGGAUGGAGCCGUACCCCAGACCCCACAGCAAACGCUGGAUGUCCCUGCUCAGCGUGGGAUUCUCCAGGCUGGAUGUGAGCCUGUGUGUCCUGCUGUACCUCCUCUCCACCAUGUGUCUGCUCGCCAUGUACCUGUAUUUCAAACUGAGGUUAAAGCUGCGACGUGCUAAAUUGUCUCUGCCCUAGAGCAUCGCUCCAGUCCAAACUAAUACUUUUUAGGAGGAAUGACUAAAUCUCACAAUCUGUGGCUACUAGAGAAAACCGUAAGCUUCAGCGCCACAGUAUGGAUGCACAGAAAUCGAGAGUUUAUGAAGUACUGUUUUUAAUUUCAUGGUGAUUAAUGCCAAAGUGUUGUUUUACAGACCCUACACUUGUCCUUGAAGGGCUGCUUGUGGUCUGAUUUUUUUUUUAACUCCUUCUGUAAGUUUAUUUCUUUGAAGCAUCUGGCGAUGGAAAAAUUAUCAUCAUAAUUGAUGUCUUUUAUUUGUUUAUUUUACAAAAACGAAUUUUUAUAUGACCACUCAUCGAAGAAUUCU